CUGGGAGCUGCUGCAGCCCCUCUGAUCAAAUGCUCCAGUUUGGAUAACACACACACACACACACACACACACACACACACACACACACACACACAGUGCGGCUGCAGGAAACAAGGCUUCUGGAUUUUCCCAUCACUAUUCCUGGAGCUGCUCCAAACCUGUCUGCUUCAACCCCUCCACUGACACCCCAGGACUGAACCACUGCCACAGGAAGGGGGAGUCAGUGAAGGGGGGAAUACUUAUUCUGUACUCUUUUUACAUCUUACGGAAGAGAAAGUAAAAACAGACAGAUAAACGAUGAGUGUGAGCCGCAUGAGCCGAUACAGCAUUGUGUCGUCAGAGGAGGACGCUCUGCGCCUGACCACCAUCCACGGCUGCAGUAGUGUGAACGGCUAUGGCAACGGGAACGGAAAGGUCCACACACGCAAGAAAUGCCGUAACCGCUUUGUGAAGAAGAACGGACAGUGCAACGUCCACUUCACCAACAUGGAACAGAAAUCUCAGCGCUACCUGGCUGACAUCUUCACCACCUGUGUGGACAUCCGCUGGCGCUACAUGCUGAUCGUGUUCACGCUUGUGUUUGUAGUGUCCUGGCUAGUGUUUGGUUUGGCGUUCUGGGUAAUCGCACUGCUCCAUGGUGACCUGGACAACCCUGCAGGGGACGACAGUUUCACACCUUGUGUCCUGCACGUAAACGGCUUCUUGGCAGCAUUUCUGUUCUCUAUCGAGACACAGACGACCAUCGGUUACGGUUUCCGCUGUGUGACAGAGGAGUGUCCGGUCGCCAUCUUCCUUGUAGUCUUCCAGUCCAUUGUGGGCAGUAUUAUUGAGUGCUUCAUGAUUGGCGCCAUCAUGGCAAAAAUGGCGCGGCCCAAAAAACGUACUCAGACACUUCUGUUCUCCAAAAACGCUGUCAUAGCCAUGAGGGAUAGUAAACUCUGCCUCAUGUGGCGUGUUGGGAACCUUCGUAGGAGCCACAUCGUUGAAGCUCACGUCCGAGCGUUGCUAAUCAAACCGCGUGUGACUGCUGAGGGAGAGUACAUCCCGUUAGACCAGCUGGAUAUUAAUGUUGGCUUCGAUCAAGGACUCGAUCGGAUCUUUUUAGUCUCACCAAUCACCAUUUUGCACGAGAUUGAUGAGGAGAGUCCACUGUACGGAAUCAGCAAGAGGGAUCUGGAGACAGCAGACUUUGAGAUUGUGGUGAUCCUCGAGGGGAUGGUGGAGGCCACGGCCAUGACAGCACAGGCUCGUAGCUCAUACUUGGCAAGCGAGAUCCUGUGGGGACACCGGUUUGAGCCAGUGCUUUUUGAGGAGAAGAACGAGUACAAAGUGGACUACUCACACUUCCACAAGACCUAUGAGGUUCCAUCUACGCCACGCUGCAGCGCUAAAGACAUGCUUGAGAGCAAGUGUGUAUCUGCUGCUGACAAUGCCUCCACAUUCUGCUAUGAGAAUGAGCUGGCGCUGCUCAACCGUGAUGAGGAAGAUGAGGAGGAUUGCAGCAAGAGAGAGCAGCAAGACUUUGAACAGGUGUCUCGGAGCCUCGAGCAAAGGUCUUACCGCCGCGAGUCUGAGAUUUAACCCCUUCUGACCUUUUAAUACAUCUUAGUUUAAUGCAGAACAAUGCAAAAGUGCCAUAAUGAUAGGCUUGGAACUGUGCACAGUUUGGUGAGAGGGUGUGUGUGUGUGUGUGUGUGUGUGUGUGUGUGUGUGUGUGUGUGUGAGAGAGAGAGAGAGAGAGAGACUGUGAGUGAAAUUCUAUUAGAGAAAUGAUGCACAGUUCAGGCAGAGACUUUUUUAAAAUCCUGCACAGAAACUUGAAUCUUUUCCUUCUUCUUGUUUUAUUUUUCAGAAAUCUAGGUUCAAAUCUAAUCUUCAGAGUUUGUAAAUAUUUUUGCGUAGAUAGUUUAUGAUUUCGUGUGGAUUAUUGCUUUUGUUUUAGAGAGAGAAAGAGAGAUAGGAUUCUUUUUUGUUGUUGUCUAGAACUAUUGCCCUUCCACACAUGACAUAUUACCCUUUAAGGUUGCACUACCUAGACAAACACACACACACACACACACACACACACACAGAGUUGAUCUCUAUAAUUAUCCACUUUUCCAUAGUUCCGAGUUUCUGUAAAAAAGAGUGGGCGGUGCUUACGUUUCAUUUGAGCAGCCAUGAGCACGAUGGUUUAUCUAACAUUAGCUAACCUGUUAGCCAUCUUAGGGUAACUAACAUUAUGUAAUAAAAAUUAAGCUUAAGACUAUUGAGACUAGUGGUGAUGUCACAUAUAAAGGGUUUGCAGUUAAUCAAAUGCAACAUAAGCUCCACCCCUUUUUCUUCAGAGACAGCUUUCAGUCUACCAAUCAGGACACACGGUAAAUGAUGAGAUAGAGAUAUAAUAUGAGUAAUUAAGAGUUAUAAUAAAGACUGGACAAUAAAACUUUAGCCAAAGAAAAAGAUGAGAGUAUGUAACCUAAGCCACGCCCAUUUUCAUCCCUCAGCAAAGAUCUGAAUGUCAUUCUUUAUAUUAAUUCAAUUAUAUUUAAUUUCUCAUGUAUAUAAAUGUUUUACAUACUUUAAUUAUAUUAAUUUUUCCACUUUAAUAUUCAAACCUCAGGGCCAGAACAAGGCUGCUGCUGCUGCUGCUGCUGUGUGUGUGUGUGUGUGUGUGUGUGUGUGUGUGUGUGUGUGUGUGUGUGUGUGUGUGUGUGUGUGUGUGUGUGUGAGUGUGUGUGUGUGUGUGUGUGUAUGUGUGUGUGUGUGUGUGUGUGUGUGUGUGUAUGUGUGUGUGUGUAUUACACAAAGUAUAAAUGCAGAGCUGAUACAUUAAACCACUCCAGAGUGUAAAAGAUGAUAAUAAUAACUAAAUAUUAAAGUCUAGUGUGAGUAAUAAUACAGAAGAGUACUAAUACACACCUGGAAUAAACAAUAAAAGAUAAAUGAUAUCAGAUUUAAUCCCAGAGUUAAUUCCAAUCUUGUUUUACACAGAAAGUGUAGUGUGAGAUUACAGAGAUGAGUGAUGAGAUUAGACCAGGGCUGUCCAAUCUCUCAUGUCCAAUCUCUCAUGUCCAAUCUCUCAUGUGAAGUCAGGAGCCACACUCCUGUGGCUUUUGCUCUGUUGGAAUGAAAACCUUCCACCAUACUGGCCCAUUCUGGGUAAGAUCGGACAUCCCUGGAUUAGACACUGCUGCAGCAGAUGAACUCACUGAUCAGAAACAGAUCACAGUGUUCAUCAGUUUUAGUAAACAGUUCAUUUAUCAUGUGGGGUCUGAAGUGAGGUGAGGACGUGUUAUGAGUGUGUGUGUGUGUGUGUGUGUGUGUGUGUGUGUGUGUGUGUGUGUGUGUGUGUGUGUGUAUGUGUGUGUCCUUUAAUACAAGUGUGUUCUUUAAUACAGAUGUGUUCACUAAUACAGGUGUGUGCUAUGAAGCUCACUGUAGUCGGUAUAUAAUGUCCUAGUUAUCUGUGUGACUUUCACUGCAUUCCUUCAUCAUCAGUAAAUGCUUUAUUCUGGUCAUCAUCAUGCUAAUUAUUUCAACAACUAAUUUGUUUAUAUUUUGGGUGAACAAACAAUGUCCAUGGGCCAUGGGAGUAUCUUGACUGGGAUCAAAGAACAUUGAAUGCAAUAUAUCAUUAUCAUAUAUCAUUAGUCACAGAUACGAACAUGAAGAACCACAACUAAAAAAAACAGUUUCACUUUCAUACAGCAAUAAAAUCCUUAAAGGUGGCAGUUUAGGGUUUAAUGUGAGGUUUAGUGUGUAGUGUCUGGGGCAAUUGGUAUUUGAUGUUACAGGCUCCACCAUCAGGGAAUAGGGUGUAGUGCAUAGGGAUUUAAGGGCCUUGCAGUGAGAUACAGAUCUUCUCCAUAAGGAUGUAGGGUUUAUUGGGCUCACCAUAAGCUAUGAAAUUAAGAUGUAGUACAUGGUUCUGUAGAGGAAUUAAGGGUGUAGUAUUACGGACUUGUGUGAUGCUGCAGACUUGUGUAGAAACUUUUUAGGGAAUUCAAUAUGAGCCACAAAUGGGAUUCAACAACCAUGUACACCUUGUUUAAGGGUUUAGGGUGUGUGGUGUAGGGUAGCUGUUUUAAG